AGCUCAGCCACCCACCGUCAACCGCCCGCCGGAAAAACCUCGCGAGUGCCCAAAUCGAGUUUACCCAAAUAAAAAAACCCACAGUUAAUCCAUAAAAUCCUUUCAAAAUGAGCAAGUUCGCUUGGGUGACGUUGACGACAAAUGACACGUACUCACUGGGUGCCUUGGUCUUGGCCCACUCCCUGAAAAGGUCCAAGACCGCCCACCAGCUGGCCGUCCUGGUCACGCCCACCGUCUCGCAGGCGAUGCGCGACAGACUGAAGGAGGUUUACAACGUGGUGCAGGAGGUCAAUGUGCUCGACUCACAGGACGCCGCCAAUCUGGCGCUGCUCUCCCGCCCCGAGCUGGGCGUGACCUUCACAAAGCUGCAUUGCUGGCGCCUCGUUCAGUUCGAGAAGUGCGUUUUCCUGGAUGCGGAUACACUGGUUUUGCAAAACUGCGACGAGCUGUUUGAGCGCGAGGAACUGUCGGCUGCUCCGGAUGUGAGCUGGCCGGACUGCUUCAACUCCGGCGUGUUUGUGUUCAGACCCAGCGUGGACACCUUCACCCAGAUCACAGAGUUCGCCGUGAAGAACGGCAGCUUCGAUGGCGGCGACCAGGGGCUGCUGAACCAGUUCUUUGCCGACUGGGCGACGGCGGACAUCAAGAAGCAUUUGCCAUUUGUUUACAAUGUGACGGCCUAUGCCUCGUACUGCUAUCUGCCCGCAUUCAAACAGUUCAGAGAUAAGAUAAAGAUUUUGCAUUUCGCCGGCAAGCUGAAGCCCUGGCUGAUUCAGUUCAACUCCGAGACAAAGGUGGCCAGCGUUUCGUCGGACUAUGCCCAUGCCCAGGAUCUGAUUCAGCUGUGGUGGAACAUCUUCUGCGAAAACGUGAUCCAGUCCCUGUCCACCGAAAUGUGCCUUUGCCUAAACCUAAUGCACUCGCAAAGCGAAUUCGCGGCGGAUGAGCAGCAUCAGCGGCAGCAGCAUGAGUACUACCAGCAGCAGCAGCUGCACCACCAACUGUUGCAUGUGCGCCAGUUCCGCGAUCCUUGGGCAGAUUACUAUGAGAAUCUGGAGAAGGAGCAGGAGCAGGAGCAGCAGCAGCACCACAAUCCCAGCCAGAAUCACACCCAGGACAAUGGGAAUGCGGAUGCGACUGUGACUGCGAAUGAGAAUGCAAAUGCAAAUGCUAAUGAAUAUGCCACUGAGUGGCAUCAUGACGAUGCAUGCCACCCACCUCCGCCGCCGACUCCUCCACCCCAAUCCUACAAUGCCACUGCCACUGCCAAUGCCAAUGUCGAAGAUUUUCCAUCCAUAGAUGUGAAUAGCAAUGAGCUAAACAUUUCACACCCACCUGAACACGCCUCCUUAGCCACGCCCAAUGCCACGCCCACGCCCAAUGCCACGCCCUCGCCCACGCCCACGCCACAUCAUUCCGUGCAUAGUCAGACAGUAGAAAAAGCGACAAACCACCAACAAGAACAUGAAGUUGCAGCCACAGCGCCGCCUGAGGCGGGUCUGGCUGGUGCUCUGUCUCAGCUGCGCAUCGGUCAGCAACGCACUCCCGAACAGGAGGACUACGAGAACCAGAUGCGCCGCCAGUGCUGGGAGUCUGGACAGAUCGACUACUCCGGUGCCGAUUCCUUCGACAACAUCUGGAAGAAGAUCUCGCAGACGCUGGACAAGAAGACCGAGAAGGAGACCGAAGAAACUGGUAGCUCAUAGAUAAAAAACCGAAACUAAACAAAAAACAAAACAAGCAAGCCAGAACAAACAAAUGCAAAACGUUCGAUUUUCGUCGUUUUGUUGCCAUUUUUUGUUAAACACGCACACACUCAGCACCCUCCCCCAACCCUUUUCAUUAGAAAAAGAAAACGCACACACAGACCAGACUCAUACACAAUUGUAAUUUCCAUUUGGGAGGCAGACGAACUGAUGCCAAUGUCAAGGAGCCCCCGGUCUAAUUGAGAUUUAAGGUUCAGCCCAAAAUGUUGUCGAAACGAAUUCUUCAGAGUGACAUAAAUGCAAUUUUUAUUUGAACCCCCUACCCCCCACACAUACAUCUUGUUAAGAAAAAAGCGAGAGAGAGAGAAGUAAAAAAAAAACGAACGCACAGAAAUUUUAAUUAAGUUUUCAAAUUAAACUUUUUGCACUGCUGCUGCUGCUCUCGACAAACGUGAUGUGUUGCGAAGCGAUGUGUGUGUGUGGGCGACACACUUGGCACAGUUGCCCCAAUCUCUCGUCCCGAAACCCCUGCCCCAAAAGAACACUUGGCCCGGCCACAAACUUUUACACUUCAUUGUAUUUUAAUUGAAAAUUUUGUACUUUCGCCCUCUCGUGUGUUUACCGAUUUAUAGCGAUGACUUUUUAGCUCAUCUGCAUCGAAAUUCAUUGUGGCAUAAAGUCCAUUCCCUGCCCUUUCCCCACUUUACCCCACAUAUGUACAUAUGUUCUUCCCUAUGAAUAAAAACCAAACAAUGAGUGUAUACAAUAACUCUAGAAAAGAUAAACGAAAACCAUUUAAAAUAAAGUAAAAAUCAAAACUGAAAUUGUAGCCAACAUUUUAUGUGGCUAUUGUGUAUAUGUUUCUGUCUGUGUGUGAGUGUGUGUGUGUGAAACUGUCCCGCCCCUUUUUGCGCCCACUCUUCGGAUCGAAUUCGAACUGAGCGUUAAGUGUUUUGUUUCAAUUGUUUUGGCAGCCUAACUUUUCUAUCUAUAUACGUAUAUACCAUUUAUGUUAUAAUUUACUAUUUGCAAAUAUUGUCUUAAUAUUUAUUCGAGAACAACAAGAACAAAGAAACCCCCAACAACAAGAACAAGAACAACACAAACAAAUUUUCAAUUUAAGAAACUCUG